GUGAAACCUGUUCAAAUUUGAAGUAUUCCUUGAAAGUGAGUCAUUCUUUGGGUUAUUCAUGACUGUUUGUAAAUACUUUUGUAAAUGUAAUAUCCAAACCUUUUUUUUUAUUUAUUUGACCGGGCUUACUUAUGAGGUAAACCCUGAGGGGAAAAUUAAGACAGCUUUAGUGUGAGGAAACUGGGUUGUUGUUAAGCUAAGACAGUAAUGUUUUUUUAUCUUCUUGUUACAGAUAAACGAGUGUUACGUUCCUUGUGAUUCAGACAUUGUCUUGUAAAGCAUCUGUAGAUGAAAAGCUGCUACUGUGAGUUUCUGUCUGAAGGGGUCAGUAAUGUAACACGAUAAAUCUUUUUUUCUGGUUUCACUCUGAAUUUGUCCCGGAAAUGUAUGGGCUACAAUUUAACCCUUCACUGCAAGAGUUAGUGUUGACUUCUCUUUGGGGUAUUCUUUUUCAAAGUUUUGGUUUAGACACGUCUCUGGUCUCUAUGAAUAGUAAACAAUGACAAUAAAAUUAGUUUUUUGAGUUUGUGUAGUUUCCAGAAAAGGAGUGAAACCUUUCCCCUAAGACCAACAUCAGAAAUCAUUGUUUAGUUUGGAUUUUCUCAAUAAUUUACAAAUGUGGGUGUAAUGUUGUGAUGUUAUUCUAACCCAAAUCCUGGACAUUUCCUGGAAAAAUGAAAUCAUUUGACUUGAUUAAUCCUCUCACUUCUCUGCCAAGGCUCAGAGACUAACAGUGUGCUGGAAAGAGGCAUUUUCCAUGCAGAGAGUGUCUGAUUCAUACAAGCUCAUUACCUUCACUCGUCAUGGAAGUGUUCCAGCAUCAGCUUCUCAGUCUUGUUUGGGGUCUGAUCUGUUUCUGUACUCUGGUAAAAUGCAUCAGAUUUAUGAAAAACCUCUUCCAUAUAUCUGAAGUUCUCUACCUUAGGCUUUCUUUUGAUCAAUGGGAGGGAGAAUGGUCAGUGGUCACAGGAGCAGGAGAUGGGAUUGAAAAGCGUAUGCCGUCAGUUUCACCAUUCGCCCAGCUUGGGACCAUGACGGGGUCAUUUGCCACUAGAGCUGGUUUUAUAGGGCAAGAUGCACCCCACAUUUCACAUCUGCAGGCAGUGCGCUUGCCGUUUCCUCAAACUGCAUUACUUGAGUUGCGUAAGGUGGGCAAGACUUGCAGUUUGCAAAGAGCUAUGAGGGGCAAAGAGGAGCAACUGGAAGGGAGCAACUUUAUCUCAUCCUCCAGCAGAGGUUCUGAUUUGUUGCAAAUUGGCCUGCUGGACCCAAAGGCAGCUUUCUUCAUCCUUGCUCUCUCGCAGGAGCUGGCACAAGGCCUCUUCUUAGUGAAUGAGCACCAAUGGAUGAGAAAAAAUUUCUGGACAUUACUUAGCAAGGCAUCUGGUUGUUGCUCUCAUUAUUUGUUACAGCUCCCCCUCUUCCUCAGUAGAUGCAAACAGGUUUUCUUGGCUGGUUGGUUUCUGGUUUUGGGUUUUCCUUUAGUUGCAGACCUGACUACUGAUCAAAAGGUAAAAGUUAUGUAAGCUGAUUUCACUAAAAAUUCAGUGUAUGAGGGCAUUGAAAAAGAUCUGAAAGACUUGGAUAUUGGUGUUCUGGCUAACAAUGUUGGAAUGCUUUAGAAUCCUCUUCCAUGUCGUUUCCUUAGUGGACCAGAAAUAGAAGAGGACCUUAUCAACUGCAAUAUUAUUUCUGUUCCAGGUAGGUAUAUAACAAAAGUAAUUUUGAAACAGAUGCAACCAGGUCAGAAAGGUCUAAUUCUGAAUCUGCCCUCUGAUUUGAGUACUUUCCCUUUUCCAUUAUACACAAUGUACUCAGCUACUAAGGCUUUUAUAAGCACGUCUACAACCACUACAAGCAGAGUGCAAGGCAAAGUGAUUCCUUAUGGUGUAGCAGAAGAGUUUGUUAGUGUAUCACUGGAGUACGUCACCUUUGGAGAUGAGAUUUUUGGAUGUCUCAGCCAUGAAAUUCUGAUUGAAUUUGGUUGUGUGUAA